GUGGCGCCCGCUGUCGCGCCCGCUGUCACUCGUGAACAAGAUGGCGGCAGCGGCGUUGCUCCGCGGCGCGCUUCCGGGGCGCGGUAGCCCAGCCUGGCACUGGCGGCUGCACACGGCUCCGAGGCGCCGCCUGACUCUCAGCUCUGGAUCUUUGGGCAGCGACCUCGCGGACGGCGCCGCUUGGAACUGCUUCCUGCUAGAUGAGCGCGCUCUCCUGCGCGUGCGCGGCCCGGACGCGGCGCCCUUCUUGUUGGGGUUGCUGACCAAUGAACUGCCACUUUUGAGCCCUGAAGCCGGCGCGGCCCCACCUUCUGCUCGCGCGGCAUACGCCCACUUCCUGAACGUACGGGGCCGCACUCUCUAUGACGUCAUCCUGUACGGGCUUCCUGAGUGCUCAGAGGAGGCACCAGGCUUCCUCCUGGAGUGUGACAGCUCUGUUCUGGGAGCCCUACAAAAGCAUCUUGCACUGUACAAGAUCCGACGGAAGGUCACAGUAGAGCCAAGACCAGAGCUCCGUGUGUGGGCUGUGCUGCCCAGCAGCCCCUGUAUGCCCAAAACUGUGCCACUGCAGGAGAGGGUGGAAGCCACUGCCAUCCUUACCCGCGAUCCCAGGACUGCAUGUAUGGGGUGGCGGCUUCUCACCCAAGACCAUGGUGUAACUCUCGUGCCCAGGGGCCGUCUUGGGGACCUCCAGGAUUAUCACAUACAUCGAUAUCAACAAGGCAUCCCUGAAGGGGUUUGUGACCUGCCUCCAGGAGUGGCCCUACCCUUGGAGUCCAACUUGGCCUUCAUGAACGGCGUGAGCUUUACCAAAGGAUGCUACAUUGGCCAGGAGCUGACAGCUCGCACUCACCAUAUGGGUGUCAUUCGAAAGCGCCUCUUCCCUGUGCAUCUCGAGGGCCCUCUUCCUGACAGUGGUAUUGGCCCUGGCACAGUGGUACUGACUGAAACAGGACAGACAGCUGGAAAGUUCAGAGCUGGCCAAGGGAAUGUGGGACUGGCCCUGCUUCGGUCGGACACAAUCAAAGGUCCCCUCCACAUUAAGACCUCUGAGAACCGUCAGGUGGUUGUAACUGCUUCAGUGCCAGACUGGUGGCCUACAGCCACUAAGUAACCCUGGGUGCUCAGGACUUCUGUUGGCUUUAGAGUUACUGGGGUGCCACAGUCUGUCUUCUGUGUUUUGCUAGGUAUGAACUCCACUUCUCGUGGUGGCCCCCUGAGCACUCAUCUGGAAAGUCCCUCUGUAUCCCAGACUGUUAUCAUACCCAGCCACUACUGAUACUUCUUGGGGAAGGUCCCACACUUGUGGGAUAGCCUCUCCUUGAAAGUUCUGUACCUGGGGCCAGCAAGAACCCCCUAUGGUCAGAAGAAGGAAGGGCCUGAGUCCUAUUCAGACUAGACCCCAAGUGGGUUCAUAUAUGGGUUCUUAGGCCAAAGAUAGCAUGGCAUUUGUGUCUGGCUUUGGCAGAGCCCUGGACCUUGUUCCCAGUUGGUGGUGGGUAGCCUGCAUUCUGCUGAGUUGACAGGCUUUGGAAAAGGUAGUGUUAUGUUCACCUUGACAAGUUUCAUGGUGGGAGUUGUGGAUUGGAACUGUGGUCUCCUUGGGACGGAAAUGUUUGCAGAGAGGAACAUGCACGGCAUCCCUGAGUGAGCACUGUGUAAGUGCACUACUGUGCACUCAAGUGAGUUGCUAGUUAAUGCACACUGUGGAGUCCAAAAAGGCACCCACAACACACUAUCUCCAGCUUUGGCCUCUGGGAGUCUGCAGGAAGGGUGGAGCCUAAGCUGAAGUCCUGAGGGAGGGGCUUCUACCUGACUUGCUUUUCUCUAGUUUGAGAAAGUGCCAUGUCUUUUAGUAAGGGGGUAACUUGCUGGCCAGUGGUGGGGUGCUCACCUUCCUUUGAACCACCAGUGUUUCCCUGUUGUAAUGUGAACACACACUGGUGGGGAAGGGGUCCUCCCCUAAAGCCCAGAGGUGCUAUUAAAGUGUGGCCUAUAAACA